AUGACUGGAGGUCUCUUGGAUUCUAAGGCAGGAGCCACGGAUGCUAUACUUCCUGCCCUCCCCUGCAUCACCACCACCACCACCAAACUGUCUGUCCUGCUCAAGAUGCCAGGGGAGAACCCAGAAAGUGAAAGGAUUACGGCCGGAGGUCCGGAAGCGGCGUCCGGCGCUGUCACCGUGCCGGGUGGGAUGGGAGGAAAGCGGGGGGAAGGGCGCCGCGGGGUGGGGGAGGCGACGGGGGCCGCGCGAGGAGCCCCGCUGCCCGGGUCCGCGGAGGUGAGAAGAGUGCAAACGGUGGCCCGGAGCCCGGAGGCCCCCGAGCUCCUGCUAUUGUUGCCGGGGCUGCCCUGGGCCCGGCGGGCGGGAGCACGAUCCCACCCGCCGCCCGCCUCCUCCGGGCAGGACCCCGCGGGCACGCACCCACCUCCACCCGCGCCCCCCGCCGGCGGGUCGGCUCCGGGCGCCCCGACUCGCACAAGUUGCCGCCCGCCCGCCCCGCAGCAGUCAUUGUUUGCCCCGCGCCUCCUACCUCCACGGCGCCGGCGGCUCCGGCUCCCACUCCGGGCCUCCCGGCUCAGCAGCUCCGAACCCCCGGCUGCAGAGGGCGCGGCGGCUCCGGGCUGCUAG